AUGGCGCCCUUACCCUUAACAAGUACUAGAACAUUGAUAACCAAGGAAGGAGAAUUUGACCUCGACUUCGUAAAAGAGGCUGCACAAGAUGAAGUUAAGCCGCAUCCAGGAAAAUACCAUAUCGUUGCUAUAAUAUAUCAUACAUACUAUCACAUACUGGCAUGUGUGGGCUUUUACCAUCUCUUUUAUCUCAAAUGGCAGUCCCUUCUUUGGGUGAUCUUUUAUCAUUAUUGUGCUAUCCUUGGAAAUGGUGUUUGUGUUCAUCGGCUAUAUUCCCAUAGGGCUUUCAAAGCAACUGUUCCAUUAAGAAUUUUACUGCUCUUCAUGUACGCCAUCGCUAAUGGGAUUACCGCCUUUACGUGGAGUCGUGACCAUCGCGUUCAUCAUAAAUAUUCCGAUACUGAUGCUGAUCCCCACAACGCCAAGCGCGGAUUAUUCUACUCUCACUUUGGCUGGUUACUUCUUCAUAAACACCCUGAAGUGAUAAAUAAAGGCAAAAAUAUCAACCUCGAUGAUUUAUACAAUGAUCCCAUUCUAAUGUUCCAUCACCGUCACUAUACCUUGAUCCGAUUCAUCACCUGCAUAGUCAUUCCAAUCUUCGUUCCAACUUACUUUUGGGGAGAGUAUUGGCUGUACGCUUGGACCGCUGGUCAUGGUCUUGUUCAAGUCUUCACUAGCCACUGUGUCUAUACUGUGAACAGCUUAUCUCAUAAG